AUGAAUCUCACCACCCACCAUUUCAUGGCAAGGCAGUCCACUGCCAAGGACUUGCCUCAGUUCUCUGGACAUGCUGGCGAGUGGCCAGCAUUCAUCUUCGCCCUGGAGCACACGACCAGAGAGUGCGGAUUCUCGAAAGGGGAGAACCUUGGACGACUGCAAAAGGCGCUGCGCGGAAAGGCAAAGGAAGCUGUACAGGGGAUGAUGACUCUCCCCGACAAUGUAGGGGAGGUCAUCUCCAUCUUGAGGAUGAGGUUCGGCCGCCCGGACCAGAUUGUCCAGAAUCUCAUUCUGAAGACGAGAUCACAGAGAGGCAUGAAGUCGGAGGAGGCCAUCGAGGUACUGAUUGAAAUCAGCGCCCUGUGCCGCAACCUUGUGGCCACUAUGCGAAGCACAAAGUGCACCGGCCAUCUCUACAACCCUCAAUUGGUCAAGGAGCUAGUUGGCCAAACGUUCAAAGUCGUGGAGGCCACCGCCGGUAAGCCACAUUGCCUAUUCUGCAGCAAAGCUGGGCACACCACAAGUAGCUGCCGUCAGCUAGCCGCGGAGCCACUUAACGCCCGUCGGCAGUUCGUUAGUGACAGACGGCUGUGCUUCCGCUGCCUUGGCGAAGGCCACCUGGCGAGGGUAUGCGAGGAGAAGGCCUGCUCGUGUGGCAAACCCCACCAUCCUCUACUACAACGUGAUGGCCGCGGAAGUGUAGCACCGCUAGGACGCAUGUCAGAGACGACAUACACCUCGGCAACCCACGUGUCUGAACACAGUGGAAGGGUGCUGCUGAGGGUAAUUCCGGUCACGGUACGAAACGGAGACACAGCGGCUGAUACGUACGCACUCCUGGACGAAGGCUCAACAGUGUCCUUGAUUGAAAGCGAACUGGCGGAGGAACUUGGACUUGCAGGACCAACGCGGCCCCUGAGGCUGUCAUGGACGGAUGGCAAGCAGCACCAGGAGUCCAGCUCCAAGGUAGUAACAUUCAGCGUAGCUGGCAGGCAGAGACAGGACAGCUUCACCUUAACAAACGUCCACACUCAUGCCAAGUUCAACCUGCCAACACAAUCAAUCAACCCUCAACGGCUGAAAAACUGCCCCCACCUGGAGGGACUUGAACUACCAACGCUGUCUUGUGCCAAGCCCAGACUCCUAAUCGGACAGGAUAAUUACAGCCUGAUCGCACCACGGGUGAUCGCGGAGGGCCCUCCAAACGCACCCGAAGCUACACAGACCAAGCUAGGGUGGGUUGUUCAUGGCAAAACGAUCGCCGACCGCUGCAGAAUCGAUGAAGGCGUGGUCCUCUCCACCUGGGGUCUCGACAGCGACCUCCAUGACCUGGUCCAGCAGUCGUUCGCCCUAGACUCCCUCGGGGUCAAGCCCGCGAAAAUCUGCAGCAAGGCUGACGACCGCGCACUCCAGCUGCAAGACACUCUCACCACGCGUACCGGACGCCGGUGGCAAACGGGGAUUCUCUGGCGGGAGGACAACAUCACCCUUCCACGGAGCAAGGCAACGGCUGCCCAGCGUCUCGAGCAGCUGGAGAGGCGCCUGCGGAAGGAUGACACGCUUGCACAAGGCUACCAGAGCAAGAUCGACAGCUAUUUGGAACAGGGGUUUGCCCGGAAGCUGUCACCUGAGGAGGCCACUCACCAGCCAGAGCGGACAUGGUACCUGCCACACUUUCCUGUGUACAACAAAGAGAAAGGCAAGGUGCGACUGGUGUUUGACGCCGCGGCAAAGUCGCAUGGAAAGUCUCUAAACGACUUCUUCCUCACCGGCCCGGACCUCCUGACGCCGAUCACACAAGUUCUGUACAACUUCCGACUGUACGAGGUUGCCUUUGGUGCAGACAUCAAGGAGAUGUUCCACCAGGUGAAGAUGCGUCCCGAAGACCGUCAUGCACAACGCUUCCUCUGGCACGACAUGGAUGCAAGCAGACCAGCUGAUGUGUACCAGAUGGACGUCAUGACGUUCGGUGCAGUCUGCUCACCAACCGCCGCCCAGUUUGCGAAGAACAUCAAUGCACACGACUUGGCUUCCGGAGAUGCGCGAACCGUGACGGCCAUAGAGGAGUGCCACUAUGUCGACGACUAUUUCGACAGCACCCCAACAACCGAGGAAGCUGUAGCACUGACUCGCAACGUGAUGGACGUCCACGAGGGGGGAGGGUUUGUGAUCCGUAACUGGGUGAGCAACUCUCCGACGGUCCUCGAGAGCCUUCCAUCAGAUCUGAGGUCACCAAGAAUCGUGAACGUCCACAGCCACGACCUCCCCAUCGAGAAGACCCUGGGCCUCCGAUGGGACCCUGCGAAGGACACUCUUAGCUUCUCCUGCGGCACGAAGCCAGAUCCAAAGGCACCAGUCACGAAACGAAGCGUCCUGCGACACACAAUGUCGGUAUUCGACCCACUCGGCCUGGUGUCCUGCCACUCCAUCAUCGCACGCAUGCUUCUCCAAGACGUGUGGAGAGCUGGCAUAGGCUGGGACGAUGAACUCCCUGCAUCUCUGGCAAUGAGAUGGACAGAUUGGGCUGCAGAGCUAGACCAGGUGGCCACCGUAGAAGUUCCACGGUGCUACACACCGUUGAUUGCAGUCGCUACAGACAUCCAGCUGCACGUGUUCGCUGACGCAAGCGAGAAAGCAUACGGCGCCGCUGCGUACUGGAGAGUAGAGAACCACGGUACUCAGCUGGCAGUGUCCCCAGUUGCAGCGAAGGCACGCGUUGCUCCACUGAAACCGGCCUCGAUACCACGUCUGGAACUCCAGGCUGCGGUCCUCGCCUCGCGCCUAUCCAGUACCGUACGGGAGCAGCUGCGUAUUUCAAUUCCACGGGUCAUAUUCUGGACAGACUCCAGAACGGUGCUGUUGUGGAUACGCUCGGACGCCCGGCAAUUCAAACCAUUUGUGGCCCACCGGAUCGCGGAAAUAACAGACACAACAGAAGUAGAUCAGUGGCACUGGGUACCAACAAGACUGAACCCAGCCGACGACCUCUCCAGAGGCAUCUCUGCCCAGCGCUUGCAGCCGGACGAUCGCUGGUUUGGCGGCCCGGACUAUUUGAGGCAAGGCGAAGCAGACUGGCCCGCCGAGGAGACUCGUACGCCGGACCCGGAUGAUCUCGAGCUGAAGCGUGCGUUCAGUGGCGUCCACGCAGCAGCCGGAGACAGCUCAGAGCCACCCAGCCUGAAGGCAGCACUACCAGAGAUCGAGCGCUUCUCAAGCUGGUGUCGCCUGGUAAGAGCAACCGCCUGGGUGCUACGCAUCACUCGCCACCUGAGACACGGAGGAAGAGACACUGCCAAGCCGUCGCUGACAGUCCCCGAGCUACGAGCCGCGGAGAGUCUUUGGUGGAAAGCUGCACAAGCGGAAGGCUUCCCAGAAGAACUCGCUGCGCUCCGCAUUGGCAAGCCAGUCAACAAGGACAGCCGCCUGGUCCAGAUGACACCCUUCAUCGACGACAAUGGCAUCAUGCGCUCUGACAGCCGCGUGCGGAACGCAAAGGUUGAAAACAAGAACCUGCGCCAACCUGUCUUGCUCCCGCCGAAGCACGCCUUCACUAGGCUGCUCAUACAGCAACACCACGUCUGGUCGUUACAUCAAGGACAGGAUCGCGUAGUGAACGAGCUGCGUCAGAAGUACUGGGUACCCGGUAUUCGCACAGCGAGUGCCGCGCUGACGCCUUUCAGCGACCCUUCACACAGACAGGACUGGACUACUUCGGCCCGGCGAUUCAUCAGCAGGCGAGGCUGUCCACUGGUGAUCCACUCAGACAACGGAACCAACUUCAAAGGCGCCGCCAAAGAGCUCCGCCAGGCCAUUCGUGAGCUGAAUGAAGCUCGCAUCCAGGACCAGCUUUCUCAUGACGGCAUUACAUGGUCGUUCAACCCGCCGGCGGCACCCCACAUAGGCGGAGCCUGGGAGCGGCUCGUUGGAUCCGUCAAGACCGCACUUCACGCCAUCCUCAAAGAGCGCCAUCCCAAGAAGGAGACCCUCCUGGCCGCACUGGCAGAAGCAGAGGCACUCGUGAACAGUCGACCUCUCACACAUGUCAGUCUGGAUGCCGCCGACGACGAGGCCCUGACUCCAAACCACUUCCUGAUCAGUUCCUCGUGUGCCAUUCUUCAAGGAAUCGCGCAGGCAGGAGAUGUCUCGCUGCGGCGCCAAUGGCGCGUUGCGCAAGCCCUUGCAGAUAUGUUCUGGCGCCGUUGGGUUCGCGAGUACCUUCCAACUCUCGCUCGCCGCACAAAGUGGAACCGCCAAACGAAGCAGCUUGUCGUAAACGACAUUGUCAUUAUCGCGGACGACAAUGCACCACGGGGUUCCUGGCCCAAAGGUGUCGUCUCAGCUGUCCAUCCAGGCCGCGAUGGUGUUGUCCGUGUUGUCGACGUCAAGACCGCAUCAGCUACUGCGUACAUCCUGGCACAGCUCGCGCCACGCAGGCCUGUCAGCGGCGAUGGCCCGCAGGUGCUCCAGCCAUCCACCGGUGUGCCCAGACGGCAUCCGCCGUCGACCUUCCGGGUCUGA